ACUAGCAAAAAAUAUGAUCACCGUAAAAGAAUUUAGAAAGGCGGUUCUUUCAAAAGAAAUCUUGUAAAUUAGUUACGUUAUGAAAGAACAAGUCCUAAUUUUUAUGUAAUUGACGAUGGCAACGGCUCGUAAAUUACUCAACGAAGCGUCGAAAUCAUUCGAAGUGGGAUUGAGUUCUCAAAUAGAGGCAUUUCUAAAAGGAGCCGAGAAGGACAAAUUAAAACAUGAAGAAGCAAAACUAUACAGUGAAUUUGUUCAAAACUGUCUUCAUAGAUGCAUGACAAAAUCCAAAAAUGUACAAGACAAAGUUGAAGUGGAAGAAAUUCUGAAGACAGCUGUUGUGUGUGCACAAGCUUACAAGCAGUUACAACCGUUUCUAGAUGUAGACAAGACUCAUGUUGUACCAUCAUUAUUGUACCAUCUCUUACGCACCAUACAAGACACAGCAUUCACAUACCUGGAGUAUGUUGUGAAGAUAUCAGAGAUUGUAUACAUGAUACUAGAUGAUGCUGGCUGUCCUGAUACUUCCCAUACAAUUCUUGCUGCUUUCCAUAGUAUUCUGUGGAACUGUACUAGUAAACAUCUCAAACAAGGAACAUCACAAAGUUUGAAAGAUGACCUGGCUCUACAGAAGCUGUCUCUCCAAUUUUUAUGCUGCACACCAAUCAAUCCUGCCAAGCUUUGCGUGUUGUUACACACUGUCAUUGCUUAUUAUACACAGUUUAACAGAAAGUGGAUCGAUAAAGGGACUUCAGAGAUGUUUUAUAGUAUUUUCCAAUGUAUCGUGGAUAAAUUACAGACGUUAUCAAACAGUGGGACAAGUGUUGAGAGUAUUUCAGUAUACAGGUUUGUCAUAUACAGAGUACAAGCUUUGUUCAUUGAAUAUCUCGUCAGUAUGUCAGAUUUUGAGAAAGCAAGAGAAGUUGUUCAAAAUAUGACAUUAUCUUGCGGAACCACUCCACUGUAUGCUGUUUUGAUUGAUGUAUUGUCAUAUUCUGUCAUUGCCACAGAGUCUGUCAAAACCUCAAAACUGCUAGGUGUCAGCAGUGAAAAUAUUAGAGCUGUAAACAGUGACCUCACAAAGAUGAUACAGACUGAAUCUGUUGAAAAUUUGAAACUUGUGUUUCGAACAUUGGAGUGCUUUCUGCAACCGUUCUCCUCCAAGGUAUAUGAUAUCUUAGAUAUUGGUAUAGUGAAGGUUUUAUUAGACAGUUGUACAGUUGUACAUGCUACAUACGAAAAACUUGAUGCAGCAAAUGUCUGGGAUGAUGAUACAAAGGAUACUAAAAAGAAAUCAAAGGACGUCAAGAAACAGAGUUGUGAUACAAAGAAGGACAAGCUGUAUGAUAUGCCCACUAAAAAACUGGAUUAUGUUCAGGGAUGUUGUCAAGUUUACUACAAACAGUUAACAUUGCUCCAAAAAAUAGUAGAUGCUGACUCAGGAGUAGAGCUGUUUAAAGAAUGUGUUGACACAGCUCAAAAGUUCACAAAAUUUUUGGAUGACAACAGUACAUUGCUCACAGAAAAAUCACUUCACUCCAAGAGAUAUAAUAUAGGUUGUGUAUGUAAUAUGAUUGGUGCAGCAUGUAUGCAGGCAAAAUACUACAAUGAGGCGGCCUGUCUUUAUACUACAGUCAUUGAGCAGCUACAUACCUGUGAACAGCCAAACUUGAUUAAGAUGUUUGAGAAGUUGUUGGAGUGUUACAUGCUACAGGAGAAAUGGAUGGAAGCCAUUCAAACUAUAGUACAUGCGUUUACAGCUAUUGAUGAUGGUCUAAAAAAUAUAGCCAUUGUAUGGACAAGGUUGAGAAAAGAGGCGAGCUCAAAAGAUGCAAUAUUCCAGUCUAUGACAUUUAAUUCUGUAAUAAAAAGUUCUGGUGUUGACACGAAAGGUGUCACCAGUAAACAGUUAUUGCUAGCAGAAUAUCAGGCUUGGAAACAACACUCAAGGAGACAGUUUGAUAUGGAGUAUCCAGUAUUUGUAGAACUGUUAGAAGAUAGAGAACAAACACCCAGUGAGAAAGCUGAAGCCAUGGUAGCCCUAGCAUCUAACAUGUGUAUAACUGGUUAUAAAUAUAAUAACAUGUCAGCGGGUGAACUGUUAAACAAGGCUAUAAUUGCUUUAGACAAAAAUCUAGCUGGAGUUGAGAGUACACUGGCCGUAGCCUGCUAUACAAAGUAUGCCAUCUUACAUGAGGAGGCAAUUGAGUAUAUGAAAAAUAAGUCUGGAGAUUUAGAAUAUUUUGGAACUGCUGACUUAUCAGCUAACUCGAGGUUCACCCUUCAACAGGAACAGGAUAAUCUCCCUUUUCUUGUCCGUGCUAUUGAAAUGUGGGAAAAAAGUUUCUCGCCGAAAGCUCUGAAAUCUGUGAAAAAGGUGUGUAAGAAAGAAACAGUGAUUGAGGAGAAGUUGUUUGGCUUGGAUCAUCAUAUAGAUAAUCUAAUAUUGUGUGGAACCAGACUUAUAGCAAUGAAACAGCCUCAACUAGCAUUAAGAGCCCUCCAAGUAGCUAAGAACCAGAUAUCAAACCUUGAGGACGCUAAGACUGCCUCUGAACUCUCCCUUCAAGUAACACGCUCACUCAUGCUGUUAGGGCGGUACAAGGAGGCAGAGUCUGUUAUGGAUGGCACAGGGGACGGCAAUAAACAGGGUGAAGCUUCAAAUGCAGCCCUGCUCUUGUCCGAGCUUUAUAUGCUUACAGGAAAGCGUGAUACAGGCUUACAGAUUUUACAGUCCGUGUUGGACAGCAAUGAUCUCCUGGGAAAGACACACAAGGUUUACUUCAUGCAAGGAACAGCCAAACGUCUGCUAUCUAUGGCCCAUUGUUUACCUGGUGGUGAUCACAUGAUCGGCUUAACCAAUCAGUAUCUUCUAUCUCUAGCAUUCGAGUCCGUACAUUGUCAUGUGACAGUGCUAAACUUCCUUACACAGAAUAAAUCUUUUGACAGAAAUACAAAUAAAUGGCUAAUACUAAAUGAGAUACUAGCUUCAAUGUUGCAUGUAUGUCAGUUAUGUAGAUUUAUUGGUCUGCCAAGAGAAGCUCUUUGUUACCUUAAGAGUGGUUUGAAUAUUUCUCAAGGUCAAGGCCUUCCAAGAUGGUCAUGUGAGUUUCUGAUGGAAAUGCUUGGUGUCCAGUCUAUGGAAGCAGAAUGUGAUAAAGCUCUUUCAACUGCUGAGUCCCUCAACUGUAUUCUUAGCCCUGAUAGUCAGCCUAGAGAAAUAUCAAUGAACCAGUCUAAAACAGGAUGUAAGAAAAAUAACCAGUCUAUUGAUAAUGAGUCCGACAGUCAUGAUCAAAACGAUUCAGUCAUACUCAUUUCUAGCACAUUGGAGAAAACACCAGAAAGAGCAUAUGUGAAACAAGAAUUGGACAGUGCAAAAAAGAAUAAAAUGAAGGAAUUAAGAGCGCCUUGUUGCUGUUGUAUGAUAGAUGGCUAUGAUCUGUGUACUGAUUUAGUUCGUCACAGACUUUGUAUGAAAGCUGGAAUAGUUCUCUCUGACUUUCUGGCACAGACUGACAUGAGGAGCACAGCUGAUCAGUUGUUGAAAGAUGUACAGACUAAGUUUGAAAUUCUUAAAAGCAUUGACAACAGUGAUUCCUUGAGUAGUAUAACUGACCUCACGCUUUCAAAUGAUAUGUCCAAUCUGAAAAAUGGUCAUAUACAGGACCCACAAUUAUUAUAUUCAUGUUUAGAAACUGGAUGUAUUAAAGCAGAAUCAUACCUACAUAAGAAAGAAUUCCAUAAAGUUCACAACAUUUGGACAAUGUUCCAGAAAAUGGAAAAAUCUGGACGUUUGAAAAAUGUUCUCCAUAGUAACAUUCUGUUAACUAGACUGGCACUCUGUGAUGCAUCUGGCUACAUGCUUUCUCUGCCUGAAAAUCAGACAAAAUUAAACCAGUCCAGUUUUAAUAACAAAAUUGAUGAAAUGACUCAUAAAGUUGACAAAUUAUCAAUAACUUCAAGCAGAAAAGUUUCGUUUGAAAGUAAAGAUGAUGAAAGCUGGAGUAUAACUGGUACAUGUAUUAACUUAGCUAGAAAGAUGGCCAAGUUUGCAGACAAUGUCAUAUCCCCAGUCAGACAGUCUGUAAUGAAUACAUUAAACACACCAGUGUCUAACAACAUCAACAAGUGGAAGAUGCCCCUAACUACACCAACAAGCAAUAGAAUGAUGGUUCAAGAAAACGUUAGUGAUGAUGACGAUGACAUCAUAGUGUUUCCUGAAUGCAAACCAGUUACUCCACGAGUAUUAACAAAGUCAUCAAGGAUUUCUAGAAUGAAGAGCAAAACUGAACCAAGAAAUCUUAUCAAUAAAAAGCCAGCUUUUACAAUAGCAGAAGAUCCUGUUGAUACAGGAGCAGGUAAUCUUGCAUGUAAAUUGAAUUUCCUACCUCAAUCAACCAAUGAUACCUCCGUGAACAGUGUUGAGGAAGAAUCAAUUGUUGGAGAGGCUAAAAGUAAACCAAGAAAACAAGGGAAAAAUGGGAAAUGCAGUUCAGUAUCAUCUUUAAAUGAAAAUGUUGAUACUGCAGACAUUAAAAGAAAGUCUUAUAUUCCAAAAAGGUCUGUAAAGAAACAAGCAUCUGUUAAAACAAAGUCUGAUAAUACAUCAGAUGUCUUUAAGAAAGGAAUGACUGAAAAAACAGAACAUGAUAUUGAGGCUUUACAAGAAAAGAAAAUAGACAAAAAUAAUGUAUUACUGGAUAAAGUCCAUAAUGCUGAUGUUUUUGAUUUUGAAUCAGAAGCUUCUCCAGUUGUUUCCAAGGUUACAAAAACAGGAAAGACAAGGCAAACAAAGGGAGUUCAAAGGGGCAAAAAGGCAAGUGGUUUAUCAAGAAAAGCUACUAAUGAGAAUAAUGAAAAGGAAGUUGAUAAUAAUAAGGAAAAUGAUAGUACAGUCAAAGGUCGAAAGACUACAAGAAGAAGCAGAGCAAAAAGGGAAACAAAUACUGUAGAAAGAGUGAGAAAGAAUAGUAAUGAGCUUGAUGAAUGUGAAUUAGAAAUUUCACUAGUAGAGCUUUCUUUGGACAAUGGCAGUUUCUCAGAUAGCUAUCAAUUAGAUAAUACAAAUGAAGCAAAUGAUUUAGAUGAAAUUGAACUCGAGGAUAUACAAGAUGAUGUAGUAAAAAGAAAGUUGAAUAAUAUUGAAGUGCAGAUAGAUUUUGAUCUUGAACCAAUUGAAAUUAUGAGAGGAGAAACUGUAAAGAAAGGUAGUAAAGGUGGUAAGAAAACAGGAAGGCGUGUUAAAGCAGCACCAAAACCUGAUGAAGCUGCAGAGGCAAGAUCAAUGGAGGAUAUUGAGUGCAAUGAGGAGGAAGAUGAAAUUGAAGAUGAUGGUAAUGAUAGAAGAAGAUCUGUGGAGAAGAUGAGGAGUGGACGUCUGUGUAGUAUGAAUGAACUAACUCAUGCAGAUCUGAUGGAUAUGCCACCUUGUAUUGAAGACACAGAACCUGAAUGUAAUGAAGAAAGUGGUUCAGAUAUUAUAUCAACUAUGGAGAGUUUAUAUGAGAGACUGUGUAAGUUUCCUCCAAACCCCCAGCAUUCAGAUGUCUGUCAUAUACUGGCCCUACACCACCUCAAUACAGACCCACUGAGGGCAGCUUUCCUCCUGAAUGAUGCAAUGGCUGUCACUUUCAGGCAUCAGAUUAUACUGAACCUUGACAAAAAGGCCAGGAGAGAGGCUAAGGGCAGUGUGGCAUCAGCUAGCAAGAGAAUCAGUACCCCUGAAGAGAGUUUAUUGUUUAGUGGCAAGGAUCUUCAACUGAGAGACAUGGUCAAGUCAAUUCCUGAAGGUUGGUGUGUUGCACAGUUGUCAGUGGUUAGUGUUGGGUUGCCAUGCAAACAGAUGAUUCUGACUAGAUUUGUAAAAGAUGAAGAUCCAAUUAUACUCAAGUUACCUGGAUUCUCCUCUCCCCAGGGUCGCCAUGUGUUGAAGGAUUUUAGUAUGAUAUUAGAGAAUAAUGCUGAAAGUGCUAAGAUAGAAUCAACGACAGAAUGGUGGAACAUGCGUCGUAAACUAGACACUGAUAUGGAGAAUGUAGUAGAUAGAAUGGAGAAACACCUGUUAGGUCACUGGAGAUGUGCUGUAACUGCAGGAGAAUUUCAGGAUAAAAUCCUCUAUGUUGUGUGUAAAGAAAUCAGUAAUAUAACAGGCAGAGAUGUUAGGAAAGCUCACACUGAGUUGCUGUUAAUGGCACACAAGAUUGUUACAGAGAAGGAAAUGGGGCAAUGUGUCGGUGAACUGCUUGGUGUUAAUGUACCUACUGUCAUAGAGAACAUUGUCUCAGUUCUCAAGAAAUACUCGAAGCUCAAUAUUGGCAACGGAGAUAAACACUCCCACACAAUUCUCAUUCUGGACAAGACUAUACAACAUCUGCCAUGGGAGAGUAUUCCAGUGUUAUGUGACAAGUCUGUUUCACGCAUGCCAUGUUUGUCCCACUUAGUCACUCAGCUUAACAACCAUUACAAGGGAAAAAACUCUGUAUUUGUCAAGGGAGUUAAUGCAAGGAAUACUUUCUACAUUCUAAAUCCAGACUCAAAUCUACCAAGGACUCAGGAUUUCUUUAAGGAAUGGUUUGAAAGUGAGAAAGGUUGGUCAGGUGUGAUUGGAUGUCGGCCAAGCAGUGAACAGUUCAUAGAUGCUCUCACUAAUAAAGACUUUCUAAUAUUUUGUGGACAUGGAAGUGGAGGUAGAAUAUUCUCUAGUGAUGAGAUAGAGAAGUUGACAGCCCGAGCUGUGACGAUGUUGAUGGGUUGUAGUAGUGGUAGAUUACAUGUCAAAGGUCAGCUUGAACCCACCGGUAUGAUGAUCAGCUAUUUCCUAGCUGGAUGUCCAAGUAUGGUAGCCAAUUUAUGGGAUGUUACAGAUAAAGAUAUAGACAAGUUCACUGAAGAUUUGAUAAAGACGUGGAUGUCAUCAAGUCACGGAACAUACCUCACUACACUCGUGCAGAAAUCACGUGCAGUUUGCAAGCUUAAAUACCUCAAUGGUCUGGCACCAGUUGUGUAUGGACUACCCGUUUUUAUAAACAAAGGGAAAAAAUAAAUAGCAAUUGUUAGUGAAAUUGGACUAGUUAAAAGUUUGAAAGAUCGGUUUUAAAAUCCAGUCUAUAUUGAAGGAGUUGAAUUCUAGUGCACAUAUGGAGUACAAUAAAAGUGGCAUUAUGUCUACUCAUAAUUAUAUUGGGAAUCUAUAACAACAUAGGGACUUUGAGAAGGUUGAUGGAUAGUCCCAUGAAUAUGUGUGUGUCCUUGAGUACUUAAUCAGAUGAAGAAGUUGAAUAAUAUUUUACACAACAAGAUAUAUCCAGUUGUAAUCAAGGAGCCAAUAUAAAAUGCAUGUUGAAAGGAAUAAAAAUAAUUGUUGACCAAAGAUGUUAAAUCCAAAACAUUGGUUUCUCACUAUUUUUAAUAUUUUUUGUUUGUUUUGUUUGAUAUUCAGGUAAAUGUAGUUAACAAUGUGUUGAUGGUACUUCUCAAGUGCCAGUUCCUUCCUGAAAUAAUGCUAAAUUUAAGUUCCUAAGGUUAUCCUGCUAUAGUAAAUCUGUUUGAAAAGUUUUGGUAUGACUUUGGUGAGAAUAAGUUUGUCACUGUAUUGUGUAGUAAUUUGUAUAGUACUGUACAUGUUAAUUUUUAUUCCUUGUAUAAAUCUGAUUAGUGCUGAAUGAAAUCUUAUAAUUUAUAAAUUGUAUGAAUUUCACGUAAGUAGGGAAUCAGAAAAGUAGACUGAUAUCUUGUUGUGUAAUUUGUCACUUAGGAUUUUAUAAUUUUAUGACUCAGUUGUCAUGUUGUUGCAUAUAUAUGUUUGUAAGAUCUUCAGGGGUCAUCAUUCAACAUAUAUAGAUAUUGAUUUACCAAGUCUUGGACAAUGUUACAACGCAAGUGUGUGGUUUUGUACAUGUGAUUAACUGUAUAUGAACUAUUGUGUCAUUUUAGUACUGAAUUUUUUCAAAAUGUUAAAUAAUCAAUAAUCCCAGUAUAUUGAAUACUAGUUCUAAAUGUCCUAUUUUAAAAGUUUAAGAGUAACUAACAUGUAGUAAAGGAAUGUUCUAACUAUAUUUGAACAAAUGCACUAGAAGCAUAAUAUCAACAGAUUUUGAAAUCCUUGUUUUGUCUCAUGUAAUGAAUGUCUUAGUAUUACUCUUUUGAUUUAUUAUAAAUACAUGUAUAUCAAAUAGAAAGUCAGUGGGAAAGUUUCUUAAAGUUAAUUUCUUAAAAUAGUUAAUAGAUAUGAGCCGCGCCAUAUCAAAACCAACAUAAUGGGUUUGCGACCAGCAUGGAUCCAGACCAGCCUGCGCAUCCGUGCAGUCUGAUCAGGAUCCAUGCUGUUCGCUAUCAGUUUCUCUACUUGUUAUAGGGUUUGUAAACGAACAGCAUGGAUCCUGAUCAGACUGCGCGGAUGCGCAGGCUGGUCUGGAUCCAUGCUGGUCGCAAACCCAUUAUGUUGGUUUUGUCGUGACGCGGCUCAAUUAUAUUCUACUAUAGUAUUUUCAAAGAUCUUUUGCAAAUUUGUUUAUUUAAUUUUAUUCAUAAAAAUGAUGAUUACAGGCCUAUAUUCAUUUAUAAUAUUGUGUAUUCCCAAUAUCAAUUUUUCAGUGAAUAUUUGUAAUAUUUUAUAUCAUCUUUAUAAAUGGAGGCUCCAAAUUU